AUGCUCGCUCCGGCAGAUCCUGUAAAGGCGCCAGUAUUCGGCGAUCCUUGGGUCACCAUGGUCACGUUGGGUAGCUAUCUGCUGUUUGUGCUCAAGGUGGGCCCCAAAAUCAUGGAGAAGCGAAAGCCCUUCCAGUUGACUGCUGUCAUCAGGGUCUACAACAUAUUCCAGAUCCUCUACAAUGGCGUAAUACUCGUUUUAGGAGCUCACUUCCUGUUUGUCCUGAAAGCCUACAAAAUCAGCUGCAUUGUCAAUCUGCCGAUGGAUCACGAGCAUAAGGAUAGGGAGCGUUUGAUAUGCAUUUUGUAUAUGUUCAACAAAUUCGUGGACCUUGUGGAAACGGUGUUCUUUGUGCUCCGCAAGAAGGACAAACAGAUAUCCUUUCUGCACGUCUUCCAUCACUUUGUGAUGGCAUUUUUCGGAUAUCUGUACUACUUUUUCCACGGCUACGGUGGCGUUGCGUUUCCACAGUGCCUGCUAAACACCGCCGUCCACGUGAUCAUGUACGCCUACUAUUACCUAUCUUCGAUCAGCCAGGAGGUGCAGCGCAGUCUCUGGUGGAAGAAGUACAUCACCAUUGCCCAGCUGGUCCAGUUCGCGAUAAUCAUGCUCCACUGUACCAUCACACUGACGCAGCCCAACUGCGAGGUCAACAGACCCCUGACCUACGCAUGCGGAUUGCUGGCCGGCUUCUUUGCCGUGAUUUUCAGCCAAUUUUAUUUCCACACCUACAUAAAGCCAGGCAAGAAGUCAUCGAAACAUUGA